GAACUACAAGGAAGUGUAAUGUUUGGGGCAAUUGAAGGUGGAGAUAUCUUGGAAGAGAGGCUCAGAUCAGCCAGGGAGACUGCCAAGCGACCUGUGGGUGGCUUUCUGCUAGAUGGCUUCCAGGGAUGUGCCAUGGCCAAGGAGACCAAGUUGAAAUUGAUAGCUUCUGUCACAGCAGAGCUGCCAGAGGAUAAACCAAGAAUCAUCCAUGGUGUAGGCAAACCAGAUGAGGUGCUUGAAUGCAUUGAAAGGGGAGUGGACAUUUUUGAGAGCUUUUUUCCUUUCCAAGUGACAGAGCGAGGCUGUGCCUUGGUUUUCAGUUAUGACUGCCAUCUAGAUCCUGAAGCAGCAGUUUUAAAACAAAAUGGGGCCCAGGACCUGGAGAAGAAUGGUGCUGAAAAAGACCACGAUGAAAUCGCCAAAGCUGACCCAGAAAUGACACCAUUUGAGAUAUUUCUGAAGGACAAAAGAUACCAAGAUGAUUUUGGUCCUUUGCUGGAAGGAUGCACCUGUUACUGUUGUCAGAGGCAUACUCGCGCCUACGUCCAUCACCUCCUUGUGACUAAUGAGCUGUUGGCCGGUGUGUUGCUCAUGAUGCACAACUUCCAGCACUACUUCAGUUUCUUCAGUGCCAUACGGGAUGCCUUAAGAGACGAUAAACUGGAUCAGCUGAAAAACCUUGUCUUCAGGCAGGCACUUCAAGGCCCAGGAAAUGCGAAGCCAGGCCAGUGA